CAACCCCACCUCCCCGCCCCCGCCCGCCCGCUGCCCGCCUCCUCCUCCGAGCCGGCAUCUGAAAUAGCGGCAGUGGAGCUGCGCGCGCGGGCAGGAGCUAGAGCUGCCUGCAAGCUGCCGCCGGCGCCACCGCAGCGGCGAUCAUAACAGCGGCGGCUGAGGCGACAGCGCACGCAAGCACGCGCGCGCGCGCGACGCGAGGGACCCUUCUGAACGUUCCGAGAGCAGCAGCAGCAGCAGCGGAGCGCGCGCCUGAGGACCACCUAAGAAACAUAAUGUUCUUUUUCACGCUGUUGGGGAGCUGCAAACCCUUGUACUAGGCCCCAUCCAGGGGUUAUCUUCUCAUACCAGGACCUUUGAAAAGCCACCAGAAGCCUGUGAAGUAAUUGUGCGUUGUUUUUACAAGGGACAACAUCAUAACAGCACUUUCUGUUUGUUUUUGUUUUCAAAGUUCUUGCACUGGGACAUUUCUUCUCCUUGGACUGAGAUAUGAAGGUUCUUUAAUAAUUGUUUCCAAGCCGGAAUUCUAAGGGAUAUUAGCAAUGAAGAAAACCCUCUUUCCUUGCAUGUCACACUGGAAAACAAGUGGAUUAUUAUUGAACUUUCACAAGGAACCCUCUAGCCUUUUUGUGUGCUUUGCAGAUCUUUGCACUGAGAUUUUCCCAGGCGGGAAGAAAUUACCUCUAUGCAUUUUGCUGUGCCAAAAGAUAUUUGCCUCAUAAACAAAACUUAACCAGGAUCUGUGAGACGGUCUGUUACAACUCACGUUAAUGGCAGGAGUUUGCAGUGCGACCAAUUGGUAGACAAAGAUUACAGUCACUUUCCUUUAGAUCCAUAGGCUCCCUCUGAACAGGAAACUGCCUUACUUGCCUGAUAAAUGGGAAUCUUCAGACUAAUCACUCAUGAAAAUUGUUGUCUUGACAAAAUCUUAGGUAGCAUCUUCACUAAGUCUUCAGCUCUGCUUGUGGAAAAUACAUCUGAUAAUCAUUGAUAUCUAGAUGCAAAGUUGUGUCUGACCGUUUGUGAAUAAAUGCGAGACAUGAAUCUUUCUCUUGAGAGAGCACUUGGUAACACUGUUGGUGUAUGCUCUUUUGAGUGGUCUUCUUCCUCUUCCUGCUUAGCACUCCAGGCAACUCUUGAUUAAAGUCACCAAGGAAGUAAUUAUUUCCCCCCUUCCAUUCCUGCUGUCAAGAUGGCUUCUGUCCGGUUCAUGGUCACUCCCACUAAAAUAGAUGAUAUCCCAGGCCUGUCAGAUACCAGCCCAGACCUCAGCUCCCGCUCCAGCUCCCGCGUCCGCUUCAGCUCCAGAGAAAGUGUCCCUGAAACAACCCGCAGCGAGGGUGCCAGUGACUUCUCUAGAGCAACCAGUUCACUGGCCACUGAAGCAGCUGAGCCGGCCACUGACAAGACUACCAAUCCCCGCACAGAUGCGGCUGAAGAAAUGAAUGCAGUACAUGUCUUAUAUGCAAAAAGCCCGCACUCUUACCUUGCAUCUGGCUUCUGUAGGCAAAAACCAAGGGAAUCUGUGACUCUGCUGACGCAUGAUGUGAGUCAAACUUCCGUCACAGGGGAACAGUAUCAGCUCUUAGAUCCUGGUCACAAGAAGGAUCCUCAUAAUGCCUAUCUCAAUAAUAUCAACUACGAAGAUGGCGAUGAAUUCUUUGACAAGAAUUUGGCACUUUUUGAGGAGGAGAUGGACACCCGGCCCAAGGUGUCCUCCCUGCUCAACCGCAUGGCCAAUUACACCAACUUGAUGCAGGGAGCCCGUGAACAUGAGGAGGCUGAGAAUGUCCCUCCAGGCAAGAAAAAAGCUAUCAAGUCUCCACAGAUGGGCACAUUCAUGGGAGUCUAUCUGCCUUGCCUGCAGAACAUCUUCGGGGUGAUUCUCUUCUUACGGCUCACCUGGGUGGUGGGUACAGCUGGCGUGUUGCAAGCCUUUGCCAUUGUCCUCAUCUGCUGUUGCUGUACUCUGCUAACAGCCAUCUCCAUGAGUGCCAUUGCCACCAAUGGAGUUGUGCCUGCUGGGGGUUCAUACUUCAUGAUCUCACGAGCUUUGGGACCUGAGUUUGGAGGAGCUGUUGGACUCUGCUUUUAUCUGGGCACCACCUUUGCUGCUGCAAUGUACAUUUUGGGAGCCAUUGAAAUCUUCCUGAUGUACAUUGCCCCUGAGGCAGCCAUCUUCCAUAGUGAGGAUCCUUUGAAGGAGCCAGCAGCCAUGCUCAACAACAUGCGGGUGUAUGGCUCAGCCUUUCUAGUGAUUAUGGUGCUGGUGGUGUUCGUGGGUGUACGCUACGUGAAUAAGUUUGCCUCUCUCUUCCUUGCCUGUGUCAUCGUCUCAAUCCUGGCCAUCUACGCUGGUGCCAUCAAGUCCUCUUUUGCACCUCCCGACUUCCCCGUGUGCAUGCUGGGGAACCGUUCUCUCUCCAGGCACCACAUUAAUGACUGUGCCAAGACGGUGGAGCGUGACAACAUCACCCAGCACACUGUCCUCUGGGAGUUUUUCUGCAAUGCUACCAAGCACCACAAUGCCUCCUGUGAUGAUUAUUUUCAGCACAACAAUGUCACCGUUAUCCAGGGUAUCCCAGGGCUGGCUAGUGGCAUUAUCACUGAGAAUCUUUGGAGCAGCUACUUGGUGAAAGGCGAAAUAAUUGAGAAACCAUCAUUGCAUUCAGCUGAUGUGUGGGGAAGCCUGAAUCAGCAGUAUGUGCUGGCUGACAUCACCACUUCCUUUACUCUGCUUGUGGGCAUCUUUUUCCCUUCAGUCACUGGAAUCAUGGCUGGAUCAAAUCGUUCUGGAGACCUGAAGGAUGCCCAGAAAUCUAUCCCCAUUGGUACCAUCCUGGCUAUUCUCACCACCUCCUUUGUGUAUCUUAGCAACGUAGUGCUGUUUGGGGCAUGUGUGGAAGGUGUCGUGCUCAGAGACAAGUUUGGUGAUACAGUGAAAGGGAAUCUGGUGGUCGGGACCCUGUCCUGGCCCUCCCCUUGGGUCAUUGUCAUCGGUUCGUUCUUCUCCACGUGUGGAGCUGGGCUGCAGAGCCUCACCGGCGCACCCAGACUGCUACAAGCCAUAGCCAAGGACAACAUUAUACCCUUCCUGCGGGUAUUUGGCCAUGGAAAAGCCAAUGGAGAACCCACGUGGGCCUUGCUUCUGACAGCAGGCAUUGCAGAACUGGGGAUCCUCAUUGCCUCUUUGGAUAUGGUAGCACCCAUCCUUUCCAUGUUCUUCCUGAUGUGUUAUCUCUUUGUCAACCUAGCCUGCGCAUUACAAACUCUGCUACGCAGCCCCAACUGGAGACCCCGCUUCCGGUACUAUCACUGGGCACUCUCCUUCAUGGGCAUGAGCAUCUGUGUGGCACUCAUGUUCAUCUCCUCCUGGUAUUAUGCAAUUGUUGCCAUGGUGAUAGCUGGAAUGAUCUACAAAUACAUUGAGUACCAUGGGGCCGAGAAGGAGUGGGGCGAUGGCAUCCGUGGCCUGUCCCUCAGCGCAGCCCGCUUCGCCCUGCUGCGUCUUGAGGAGGGGCCACCCCACACCAAGAACUGGAGGCCACAACUGCUGGUGCUGCUAAAGCUGGAUGAGGAUCAGCACGUGAAGCAUCCGCGCCUGCUCACCUUUGCCUCUCAGCUGAAAGCUGGAAAAGGCCUCACCAUCGUGGGCUCCGUCAUGGUGGGCAACUUCCUGGAGUGUUACAGUGAUGCACUGGCUGCCGAGCAGACCAUCAAGCACCUGAUGGAGGCAGAGCGGGUGAAAGGCUUCUGCCAAAUCGUGGUGGCUGCCAAAGUGCGAGAGGGCAUCUCCCACCUCAUUCAGUCCUGUGGGCUGGGUGGCAUGAAGCACAACACGGUUGUCAUGGGCUGGCCCAACGCCUGGCGCCAGAGUGAGGAUGCCCGUGCUUGGAAAACCUUCAUUGGCACUGUCCGAGUGACUACAGCUGCUCACCUCGCCUUGCUUGUGGCAAAGAACGUGUCCUUCUUCCCUAGCAAUACAGAUCCUUUCCCCGAGGGGAGCAUUGACGUCUGGUGGAUUGUUCAUGAUGGUGGGAUGCUGAUGUUACUCCCUUUCCUCCUCAAGCAACACAAGGUGUGGCGUAAAUGCAAAAUCCGCAUCUUCACUGUAGCCCAGCUGGAGGAUAACAGCAUCCAGAUGAAGAAGGAUUUAGCAACCUUUCUCUAUCACCUCCGCAUUGAGGCAGAGGUAGAAGUGGUGGAAAUGCAUGACAGCGACAUUUCUGCCUACACCUAUGAGCGCACGCUGAUGAUGGAGCAGCGCUGCCAGAUGCUGCGGCAAAUGCGUCUCUCAAAGACAGAGCGGGACCGAGAGGUGCUCCCCAUACAGGCGCAGCUGGUGAAGGACAGAAACUCAAUGCUGCGGCUGACCAGCAUCGGCUCAGAUGAUGACGAAGAGACUGAGACUUACCAGGAAAAGGUGCACAUGACGUGGACCAAGGACAAGUACAUGGCAUCCCGAGGGCACAAACCCAAGACCUUGGAGAACUUCCAGGAUCUGCUCAACAUGCGGCCGGACCAGUCCAACGUGAGACGUAUGCACACAGCUGUGAAGCUCAAUGAGGUCAUAGUCAACAAGUCCCACGAUGCCAAGCUGGUACUGCUCAACAUGCCAGGCCCACCACGUAAUCCUGAUGGUGACGAGAACUAUAUGGAAUUCCUGGAGGUCCUAACAGAGGGGCUGGAACGUGUGCUGCUUGUGCGGGGUGGUGGCAGCGAGGUCAUCACUAUCUACUCCUAGGGGAGCGAGGAGGGCUUCCUCCUGAUAGACUCUGUUCUGUCAAAUUGACAUCUGCUUCCUGCCUGUCACCACCUGCAACUUGAUCUCCCAAGGAGAGCAGCUAUCAGUGUCACACCUCUUAUGCUUUCUUUUCCCUGUGGCAGUUUGGGGUUCUUCAAAUGGGGCAAUUUCCCCUAUUUGGAGACUAGAGUUGACAUUUCCCCAUGCCUUCCGUAAAGGUACAUGCCGGAAACUGCAUAAGCUUGUCACGAAAGGAGAUUAGACUGGAUUGGGCUGGGAGAUGGCUGGAUCUUCCCUUUAAAAAGCGUAGGACUAGUGAGGCAAGUAUUACUUUGGAGGGAUUAAAGAGCAAAAACAUAGGUUGCUUCCACUUUAAGAGUUAACUACUGCUUCUGCCCUCUGGUGGGCAUGACAAAAAUGGAGCAACAGGGUCCUCCUGCUGCAGAGACUGUUACAUUUCAUUGUUGAAUCAAGAAGAGGAGAAAUGAUUGCUGCUUGGAGGACCUAGAGGGAGGGAGAUGCAGCCUCCAUUGUGCCACUUUCUUCUGGUCAGUGCCAAAGUCUUUCUGCUUUAUUUCCCUUGAAAUCAAGGGGAGGGACAGCAUUUAGGAAGAUGGAACUGACUCUUACAGUACUUAUCUCAUACCCUAAUCCCUUGAGGGAUUCCAACACUCAAAUUAAUUGUUGGCUGGGUGUGGGGGGAAGAGUUGACUCUUAAGCCAGGCUGCAGGUGGCAUAUUGAUGGAGGGACAUACAUAACUGUUCUACUUUCUUUUCCCUAUGGUCCUCACACUCCUAUCUGGGCAAGGAAGCUAGACCAAUUUGCCAGGUCCUUCUCUGUAGCGUCUGGUUGCUGUUACAGGUUGAGAGGAAAAGGAGACAGCAGCCUCUCCUUUCUAAACCAUAGAAAGAGAAGCAGAGCAGCAAUGUCUCCUGACCUUUGUAACAUGCCCUCCCUGCUCCCAAGUGGCUGACCUUCUCUUCCCUCAAGCUUGGGCCAGAGAAGGCUAUUGUGACCCUAUCUGUGUCUAUACUGAGGACCCACAACUUGCUGUUUUUUGUGAGUGUUGGGAAAUAAGUCCUUCCUACCCCUACAGAAGCAAACACUGGAAAAGGUGCUGUGCUGUUUUGUCCAACCCAAUUUCAAUGACUGAUGUCUAAUUCUCCUCCUCCCCCCACCACUUUGCUCAAGUAUAGUAUGCAGGGACCACUCCUCUUGGGGGGUAGCCUUAAAGCAGAUUCAGCUCCAGCCUCUCCUCCACUUUUAUUUUAAAAGGGAAGUUCAUGUUAAGUACCUCACCUCUUAUUUUGGGGGAGGUCUUUUAAUUUAUUGGGGGGGGGAAUGACCUUGUUUACAUACAGCAUCAAGUUUUGGGGUGUGAUUUUUUGCUUCCUGAAUUAUGUAAAGAAUAAACUUUUUAUAUAUAA